AGGCUUCGGAUUAGCAAAGGAAAUUCUCAGUUUUUGUAAAAAAUCGUGUGGAAAUUCUCAGUAGAGACCAGAGCUGCCAACACCCAACACGAUGCCCUUGGGGAAGUACUACUGCGACUACUGCGACAAGCAGUUCCAGGACACCCCCGCCGCCCGGAAGCGCCACCUCCAGGGCGUGCAGCACCAACGCGCCCGCGCCCUCUGGUACGACUCCAUUCGCCACCAAGACCAGCAUGGCGGCGCUUCCUCCCUCCUCCUGCCUGACGGCACCCUCGCCAAGGGCAUCUGUCACCACUUCGUCCGCACGGGGGCUUGCAAGUAUGGGGAUUCAUGCAGAUACUUCCAUCCGAAGCCAAAUGGUGUCAAUCCAGCAUUAGCUGCACCAGGGCUUGGGUCUGGGCCUGCACCCAUGGUGCAGCAGUCUGAUAUUAUUGGGAACCAACCCAAUUUUGUUGUAUACCAGGGAGUAGACAUAAAUUCUUCCUCAGAAAGAAUUGUGAUAUACGACAAGCUAGAUGCUUACCAUAUCCUCACUUCAGUCAGCUGUCAUGCCAUGAUGUGAGCCCUUGCGACACAAUCAUCCUAUUUGGACAUUCCAAUUUACUCCAUCAUGUGCCAGCGGGUCCAUUGGUUAGUGACUUGGCGCCUACCAGAGACUGAUCGUGUGCUGUUUGGAUGUUUCGAGGCUAUUCAAUUGCAAGCGGUCCUGUCGGUUGGUGCCUCAGGAUGACUAGGAAGGAGGGCGUACAGAUUAAAGACCUUAAAUUUGUUUGGUUUGGAGCUGUUGUCAGCUUCCUGGCCUGCAGGAACCAUGCUCCUGAUCCUUUCUCUGAAUUUUGAAAUGUCGUGAUGCUUUCAAGUGCUUAAGCUUCCAGGGCAUCAUAGGGUUCACCGUUUGCAAAUGCUCCA